UCGAAAACUCCUCGCGUAGUACGAAGCCACGCGCUCGUGUUGUUUAGUUCUAACAGAACAGAUGUCGAAAACGAUCACAUGUGAGUGGAUUUAAAAAAAAUAAACCGUUGCAAAACAAAUCAAGAAGAUAUUAGCGUCAAGGAGUGUUUAUGUUAAACAUGCGACUAGCAGAUGUGCCGUGGAAACAUCGUUGUGGGGUUUCACAUAAGUUUAACGGCUCACCGCCUAGAUUUUUUCUAUUUUAUUAUUUUAAAAUAGGUAAUUUUAAAGCCUACCAGCCCUGUAUGCUAGUAAAAGCUAGUUUUCACACUAUGUAGAUACUAAAGAUGUAGUUCGCAUAUUUUUGUGGUUGUUUGUUUUAUUUUACGGGUGAUUGUUGCGAGAGCAAUGUGGAAAAAAAAUAAUACAAGAUAUAGGUUGCGAAGGAGCGGAGGGAGCUCGGACGGCCGCGACCGGCCCAAUUGACCCCUGAACCACUGUCUCCGGGUUGCCUCGUCAGAAGAGGAAGAUCGUUGACGGAGAGAGAGAGAGAGAGAGAGAGAGAGUGUGCGCCUCGGUCAUCCACCGUGGGCCGCGCGUGUUUACCUCCCCUCCUCCGCUGCUGUGCCCCCCUCCAAGGUGGCCCUUCCUGCGCGGCGGGACACCUGCGCAUGUUUCCCUCCUUCCCCUCCGCCCGGCACGAUCUCCGCGAGCCGCCCGCCCGCUCCCCGCGACAGUGCGACUGCAGCUGCCGAGCGAGGAAGGUUGAGCUCGCGGUCGAACACCUCGAACAGUGCGCGCGUCGCCCGACGGGUUCGCGAAAGGGGCGGGCGGGCGAUGGCGCGGGCAUGAGCGCGUGCGGGCCGCCCCCGGGCGCCGGGGGCGGGAAGGACUUCCGCGAGCGGACGCUGCGCAGCCUGAAGGUGUCGCUGGGGCGGCUGUGGAGGCGGCGCUCCGUCACCAUCACCGAGUACGACCCCAGCUACAAGGUCGCCUACCUGGGCAACGUGCUCACCGGCUGGGCUAAAGGAGAGGGCUGCGUGGAGAAGCCGCUGUCCACGCUGUGGAAGAACUACAUGAGCAGCAGCAAGCCCGACGUGCAGAUGAAGGUGACGGUGCUCCAGGCGGGCCUCAAGGCCGUCACCAAGGAGCACGGCCUCACGGAGUACUGGAGCCACCGCGUCACCUACUGCGCGGCGCCCUCCUCCUUCCCGCGGGUCUUCUGCUGGGUGUACCGCCACGAGGGCCGCAAGCUCAAGCAGGAGCUGCGCUGCCACGCCGUGCUCUGCCCCAAGGAGUCGGUGGCGCGCGACAUGGUGGCGCAGCUCACGGCACGCCUGGCGCAGGCGCUCUCCGAGUUCAAGAGGGACAAGGUGUCGCGGCAAAAUGCGCGGCUGUCGUUGGCCAACUCGGUCUACGACAACCCGUCCAUGCCCCGCCGCAAGAUCCUGCUGUCGACCGGCUCGCACAACUACCGGCCGCCGCUGGAGCGGUCCAAGUCCGCCCCCAAGCUGAUGGUCAUCGAGGAGGAGGGCGAGGCCGAGGAACUGGAGCUGCAGGAGGAGAGGAGGAGGAGCGAGAAGACGCCCUCGCCGAGGCGGGGCCACCGGGAGGAGGAGCCGGCGCACCAGGAGGACGACAAGCAGCAGCAGCAGGAGGAGGAGGAGGAGGUGAGCCUGGAGGAGGAGAUCCUCGCCAUCCUGCAGCGGCGGCAGCAGCAGCAGCAGCAGCAGCAGAGGCCGGCCAAGCGCGUGGCGUGGGACGACCGGCUGUCCGAGUGCGGGCCGGACGGCGACGAGGGCACCGGUCUGCCGCCCGACGACGGCGUGGGGGACGACGGCGAGGAGCAGGCCGCCCCCGAGCCCGUCGGCGUGGACCUGCGCCCCGCCGCCGGCGCCUUCCUCGGCCGCAAGCUGGCGAGGUCGGCGACGUUCCCGCCGCCGCGCGCCGCCGGCCGGCCCGACUCCCUGGAGCUGGACUCGCUCUCCGAGGAGGACGAGGACGAGGACGAGGACGAGGAGGCCGCGCCGGAGGAGGACAACGUGAGCGACGAGAGCGGCUUCGCCGAGCUGCCCGAGGCCAGGGACGGCCCCGGCGAGGAGCCCAAGCACCAGGUGCUGCUGGUCGCGAGCCCGCCGCUGCCCCGCUGCGUGCGGAUCUGAGUCGCCUCCGCAACACCCUCUUGUGUCUCAGGCCUCGUCUGCUUCCCUACCUCUGCGUCUGUCUCCGACUGGGGUCCUUCCCUCGGUGGCCACGAGGCGAGGGUCGCAAUCUCACGCUCAAAUUUUUUCACAUUUUAAAAUUCCAAGAUUUUUGAACUAGGUGCAACUGUUCAUUUUCUUUAUGUGAGGCAGUGGUUCUCAAACUUUUAAAAAUCCUACAAAAAUUGUAGAUUUCUGAUUUCUGAGAAAUAUGUUAGUAUGAUUAAUAAGUCAGAUAUUAAAGAAAACAAAUAAUUCAACAAAUAAAUUUUAAAAAUCAAACAUACAUCAAGUUUAUUUUUUUGGUGUUUUUUUUUAAUGAGAAAUAUGAGAUUUAACACCAUAAUUUAAUGGUAUAGUACAGUAACUAUAUUUAGACACAUAUUUCUCUGGAAUACCACUGGGCAAUGGUGAAAAUCUGUUGGUUUCCGGGAGGUAGGGGGGAAUUACGUUGAUGAUUCUUGUUUCACAGUUUACGAUUUUGCAAGAGCAAGCGGGGGCCCCUCGAUAGGAGGCUUUUUGAUUCCAGGAGGGCCCGGGCCCCCCUGCCUCCCCCCACCACUGGGAACUGCGUGCACCAGCAUACCCUGGCUCACACUUUGAGAAUCACUGAUGUGAGGUAUCAAAGUUUUACUUUCUUUUUUUUUUAAUUAUUACUGCAAAAUUAUUAAUUUGAGUGUUUAGCACUCUUUGGCAGAGACUGCUAUUUAAUGACAGUUAAAGCGUAAGAGAUGACUAAACAAAACACCUUUCCAUAUCUUAAUCUCUCAUUCAUAUUUUGUAUGGAAACUUUAAAUGGAGCCUACAUUUAGUGCACGGAACUCGCUUCAAUGGCUCUGAAUAUGGCAGACACUCUCCUAAGAGGCAGCAGAGAGGGGUGGGUGCUACGAGGUAUCAGACAGCUGUAGCCUAGCUCGUGGCUCAUUGGGAGCUGUGAUAUGUUAGGGAGGAACUUCUUACAUGUGUAGAGACCCUUUUGCCGGGACCUAAGUACAAGUGCAUAUUGUUUUAAAUGUGUUUCUAGUUGUUUCUACAGUGAUUCUUUUUCCACCAUGUGAGAAACAAAUAAUUUAGUGGGUGCGUGUUGCCGACACAAACAUUCCUCCCGGAGUGGGAACUGUAAAAAUGUUGAGUUGAGAAAUUGUGUUGUAAUUCAUUGAGAAACAGUGUUGGAAUGCAUGGUCAGUUGGCAGGCCUGCUGAGGUUUAUAGCGCUGCAUUUUGUGGUCUUUAUGGUUUGGUGAGAUUAAAGGUUAGUAAAAUGGCAUUUUAUGGUUGCUCUGAUUGGUUGUGAUAGCUGUGAAGCUUUAGUAUGUUUACCGGUUCUCGUUCAAUAAGACCUGCAUUAUGCAGCACAUGUGUAUUUCUGUUUACCUAUUUGUAAUUUCAUGUUUACAUUAUUUGCAUGUAUCUCAUGUAAGAUUUUACUGGUGUAUUUUUGAUGUACUAGAGUAUACUCAUUUGUUUAUUAUGAAUUGAUAUAAAGGUCCCAUAGCUGCUAUUUCAUUACAAAACACUAUUAUGUAUAUCAGGAAUUGUAAGAUUUUUUCUUAAUUUUACAUUAUACUUUAUUAAAUUAAAAAUUAUUUCCUAAGAAAAGUUAUGUAUUCUUUAAGUAUUUUAUGUGUAAUAUACAUAAUUAUAUCAACUGUAAUUUAAAGUAUAUAUAAUCCAAAAAUGACCAGAUAUUGCAUUAGAAUUUACUUAUUGUAUGAGUGUACUGUAAAAUCAAAUUUAAGUGAUUGUAUACCGCAUGCAAACAGAGGUUUUCAAGUUUUUUUCACAAGUGAAUAUCAGUUAUGAAAAAAUAGUUACCAAAUUUGAAAAUAAUUUUCCUAGCCUUCUUGUUUAUUUCAAUGGUUGAAAGAAGUAUCUGGAAAAACUUUUUGCCAUUGAAGUGCAAAAUAAGCAACACAUAUGAAGGAAAAAUGUAUGUUCUGAAUAUAUGAUUUUGAGACUUCCUGCAAAAUUUAAACAGUUGCAAGUCAUAUGUAAUAUUGUACAUACAGUGUAAUUAGAGUGAAAUGAGUUUGUAUAACCUAGUGUCUCUUUAUAGCUCAUAAUUAGAAUCCUACAAGAUUGCAUGGUCAUUUUUGGUGACAUUUAGGCUCAAAGUACUUGUACCAUUGUGUUACUUUUUGAAUGGAUCAGGAGAUACUUGAAUUAUGCAUGGCUCUGUGCCAGUAAUAAACACUUGCAAACAGUUCACCUACCUAGUUAAAAAUAAAAUUUGUUCUUCACUAAGUCAACACAAAAACCAGCUUUUUCCAAAAAUACUAUUAUUAUAUUUUCCGGUCUUUAUUCACACAAAAUUUCUGUUUUUAUUUUCAUGAAACUUAUAAAUAAUAUCUGAGUGUUUAUUGCUGGUUGUAUGAAGUUGGUUGACAGUGUAACGUGAUAUAUUUCUGUAUUUUAUUGCUAGUUAACAAUAGUGUUGUUAAUAAUUACACUCAAUAUAAAUAUAUAUUGUAAUUUAGGUGUCUGUUUUGUGGAAUCACCACAGACUUUGCCUUUCAGUAAGGUUAGGAAAUUAUUACAGCAAAAAAACUUUUCACAUCAUAUAUCUACAAUAUUAAACAUAUUUUUGCAAAAUUUAUUGUUCAUUUUCUUACACACCAAAAGAAAAAUUUGACAUAUAUUAAAAAAAAUGUUUUAGAUAGCUUAAGCAUGUUCACAUCAAAGUUACAUCACAUUUUGCUUUUAAUUUAUAUUUUAAUGACAAUUAUGAAAACGUGUACCACAAAUUAACAGAUAUGUCAAUGAAAGAUCAUCGUAAGACUUUGUCUUCAUUAUUUCAUGGGAAAAUUUUAAUACUUCACAUAUUGCAAAAAACUAUGACAACUAGUUUUAAUUGGGUGGUUACCAAGAUAAAAUAUUGAUCAUAGCACAUUCAGUUGUAAAAUGUUAAAAAGGAGGAUUUUGUACGAUUAUGUACUUCGUAAUAAUACUUUGAUAAUGUAAGACAUUUUAGUGUUAGAUUUUUUUCCUCUGAAAAUUAGUUUGUGUUAUAACUUUACAACCUCUAGAAGCCACCUGCAAGUUAUAUUUAUAGAAUCAGAUUUUUUUCUUAUAUCUCUUUAAAUAAAUUUUACUCAUAAUCUUACCAAAUUAUCAAACAUUACCAACUUCAAAAGUAAUACAGUAUUUCAUCAAAUGUUUGCCUUCAUGAAAUUGUUUCUUCCAACCAUGCAAAUUUUUUUGUUUACUAUUUAUCAGCUAAGAUAUAAGUUAACUUUUAUUUCUUUUCAUUCAUUUAAAGAUAGUUAUUUGUGACUCUCAUUUUCUGUCAAUUUUUUUGUGACUUUCUUGUUUCAUUUUAGAAAUAUUUUAAUUUAUAUUCUCUUUUAAUUUUAAUUAUUUGUUUUAAAUAUUUCGUUGAUAAUGUUUUACCAUGUUUUUACUUUUAUACUAUUUAUUCUUUGUGUCCUUUGCCCAGUUCAUUUUCACGGAAGUUUGUGUAACAAAAGUAGUUGUAUGUAACAUCUGGAAUCUUAGUAAGGAAUUUUUUUUACAUACAGGUACAUUAAAUGUUUGCAACCAAAGUUAAAUAUUUUUUCUUUUAAUUUUUUCCUUCAAUAUUUAUUGAAUUUUUUUAAAAAAAAAUACUGUUUAUUCUACACUAUUUAAAAACUGUCUUAGAGUAUAGGGGUGUUUCAAGGUGUACAUCAAAGUUUCAGUUUAUUUACGUAAUUGUGCUGUGGACAUAAACAUUCGACCUAAGCCAAGAGAUUGGUGUAUAUAUAUAGUGAUAGCGAUGCUUACUUUUUCAAUGGAAUAAACUGUAUAAAGAAUGGGUUUCCUAAUCGCCUCUAGUUUUCAUUUUGCAAAAGGUCGGUGUACUGUGGAUGUGUGCACCAUUCAGUCAAUAAUUUAAAGCUGUCUUGCCCAUUUUAUUUUUGCAAACUUAUGCAGAGUGUUAAAUGUAAACAAGAAAAAAUUGUCCCUUUGCAAGAGUUGAAUAAAGUUUUAUGUUGUUUAAAAACUCUUUUACAAAAAAAACAACAAAUUUUAUGACUGUGAUUGCUACAUUUCGCUAUUGAUAAUUGACACAUAUUGCUGCAAUUCUAGUUUAUUACUAUGUAAAUAUCUCUGAAACUAUAUCAUAAUAGUAUAUUCAUGCAUGUAUCAUAUUUUGUAUGUUUCUAUGCAUUUUUACAACAUUUAUUUUCAUAUCACAAUAUUCUUAGUUGGGAAGUUGCAAACUCUAUAAUGUUUGGGCACAGUAUUAAUGUAUGUAUUUUUUUUGUGAUUAAUUACCAUGAAAAUGUGUUCUUAUAGCUAUACAAGUAACUGUUGCUAGAAUAUCUACCUGUAGUCGGACGAAAAACAAUGUUGCAUUAUUGUGUUCUCUAUGGGUAAACAUUAAAAAUAAUUAUGUGUUAGAAGAAGUGGCAAUCAUUUUAUUCCGCUUUGACUGAUUUACUGAAAAAUGUGCAUGCCUUAUAAAAUUGUGUCGUGUCCGUCUUCUGUUGUAUGUUUCUUCUUUUUCUUGCCACUUGUAGAAAAAAUGAAAACAGAAAUUAAUGAUUUCUGUGGCAGCAAUAGCAAUAAAAGACAUAAUUAUGUUUGUGUGUAUUAAAUUAACUGUAAUUAUUUUUUACAAUGAAAGUUUAAAAAAUUGGGCAUCCCGAAGAAAAAUAUGUACAUCUAAUUCAAUAGAUAGAAAUUAAUGAAGGGGUGUGUUUGAUAAUAAAGAAUUGUGGAGAACUAAUAUAUUUAAUAACAUAUUCUUUCAACAUUGUUAGUCACUAAAAAUUUGUUGUAUCAAAAUAUCCAUUAAUAGUUUUACAUUUUUGCAGAAAAGCUAUUUAUUUGUGACACAGUAUGGGGACAAAUAACUAGUAAAUGGCAGUUAUGUACAUAGCACCUCUAUUUAUUUAACUUGCAAGUAUAAUACGUUGGUUGGAUCAGUCGUCACAAAUUCUUGUUUGUACUAACUGAAUUGUUGAAUACAAUUACAAUAACACUAUUUUAAUUGCAAAAUACUCACUACUUUAUGGUCAGAAAAUACUUUACACUGUUAAACAAACACGUCAAGAAACUGCAAAUUCAAAUAUAGUGGAAAACAUUUUUUUUUGUAAUUUAAAUCAAAAGGGAUAAAAAAAAUCACAUAAUUCUUACAAAAACUGAACUUAAUUUUUCUGCAACUGCAUAUAUUUUAUCAUAGACAUGUGUGUCUAGUUUUUGAAUGUUGUGCUGAAUAGACAAGUACAACACUUCUUUGUGGGGUUUUAGUAACCUGGAAACAAAGAUUUAUUCCGGUCUAGUCAAGUCAUUAUCUCGGAAAGCAACGUUAAUUCACCCCUCUGCCGCAUUCCAGCAAUAAUGACUCAAGGUUUUACCUGAUCCAGAAAAAAUUUCUUAACUUUAGGAAACUGUUACAUUGCACAUCACAUUGCCAAGUCUGCAACUUUGCUAGUUUGUGUCACUCUGCCUAGAAGCAGUUUUGUGUGUUUGUGUCACUUGGUAUCCUCCCAGUACGUGCUAAUCACUGCAGUUUACUAAUCAUUCAUCCUAGUCACACAAGAGUGUCGGUCUGUGCCUUCAAGACAAGCUUUUUUUCUCAUUUUCAGCCAGUGAUGUAGUGCCAAAGUUGUGUUUGAGGAUUGUCAAGAUGUGUAGAAUCAAAGAAUAGUGUAGUGGUUAUCAUCAUUUGUGGCUUUUUUUUAUUCUUUACUGGUGACCGAAUUAAGAGAGAAACUGGCUUCUAGUAAAGGUAAAAGUCAAUGAAAUAAACAUGUAACGAACAAUCACUUAUUUAUAAAAAAAAUGUGUGUGUCAUUCUUCACACGUAAUUGAACAGGGUAUUAUUAUUCUUGUUUACAAAAGAAAUGUUUCCACAGGUCCCGGAGGGAAUUUUAUUUAUCUUGAAAAAAAAAUGUUUAUUUUUAGAGACUUCUGUCUGUCAGGUUUAAUCUGAUGCGGCACCAAUAAACAGUAGAAAUGGUGCUCAUUCACUAACGUGUAGAUCCUGCUACGGUGCAGACUCACAUCUGACAGCAUUGCCGCUGCCAGUUUCGCGAAUGUGGCGGAUACAGAGUGGCCUGUUAACACAGUUCAUUUUAAAUUCUAGAGCAGCGGGAAGGGGAUUGGAGUGAAUUCUGGUCGUUACAGUGUCUUGUCUUGCACGUGUUCCCUUUAGGGUUAGGCACACCACUGCCUUUCACGAGGCCAUAACAUAAGUACCUCCAUUCAUAUUUUGUAGUUGCCUGUCAAAUUACGUACAUCACUUAAGUAAUUAAAAACAAGAUAUAUUUGUAUUGCUCGUGACAUAAAAAUAUUUAAAUGCUGCAUAAUUAGAUGAAACUAAUUCCAACCCCAAGCUAAAAUCCGAGCUUUACUUUGACUGUCACUAUUGAAAUCAUUGUAGUUUUGGUGAGCACAUACUUCAGACUGAGUAAAACGCAAUGGCGGUAUGAAGAUAGCUUAAGCUGAUCAGUCUCUAGCUCAACUCUUGGGUUUUUUUUUUGUUUUAAUGCAUUAUGUGAAUGUACUUGUCAGUAUUCAAAAUUCACAUUCCACCCUUUAGUCAACUGGUUGCUGAAUUGUUGAGAUGUACCUGUUUUUCUCUUCACAAGUUCAUCAUUGUUUGUGUGUAGAAUAAGAAUUUUAGGGACUCACUAUGUGUUGUUUAUGUGUUUGUUUGUAACUUAUAUAUAUACACUUUGCCUGCACAUAUCACUUUGCCUGCAAAUACGUGACUGGGUAGUAACAGUACGUGUGUCAACAUUUUUUCAUUCCAAAAUGUAUAUUAUGAAGAUAUCAAGAUAAUGUAACUGAAGUGUUGUCUCACUAAUAUUGCCACUUGCCUUGGACCACUGUAUGUGAACUGUAGGUAUGUGAACUGUGUUAAGUGUAUCUCAUACACUGUGUUCCAAAAAGAUUUUAACUUUAUAUUUAUGUACAAACACCCAAUAAAGAGUUUAUCUGGGGA